AAACCUCCAAACACCGACGGUGAUUUCAGGAGUGAAACACUUCUGAAACGGGACGCACCUGCUCGUGCCAUAUCACCGCACUGUGAAGAUGGUAAAACCCCAACCUCUAUAUUGAAGCAAAGCUCAGCAUCUUCAGAUCAUCCUUUUCUGGUCUCUACAACAUCAGCAGUCAUGAAUGUUAGCAUCUACAUGUGGGUUAUCCUGGCUGCUUUGUCCAGCGGCUCUCUAAGUUUACCUUCACAGUUCAUGAGGGAUGAGAGCUUGGGUCCUAUGGCAGAGAGCCUGUCCGACCCCUCGCCCGACCACACACGCCAGGCCCGCUCUGCUCCCGCACCCCCCUCCAAGCAGUUCGUCCACUUCAACCAACCCCAGGAGGACGCGGAGGCUCCCGACAGCCUGAGCAAGCUGCUGAGCAGACUUAUUUCCAGGAAAGGGUUUCCUUUUCAGGCCAGGACCUCCCUCACCAGCAGAGCCGUAGCCCCGAGCCACAGGAUAAAGGACAGAGACUACCUGGGCUGGAUGGACUUCGGGCGACGCAGCGCAGAGGAGUACGAGUACUCGCCGUAAUAAAGAUCCCCCCGAGUCCCAACUUCCCGACACCCACAAUCACAGCCGGCAAAAACACUGAGCUCUUUUCACACUGCACUCACUGUAACCCCGGGCGACUCAACAAAGGAGUUCAGCAUCAUAUCACACAGACAAUAACCUGGGGUCUGCAAACCUAAAUAUUCAUGCUGAACCCUAAGAGCACUCUGCAAAGCGUCUCUAAUGAUAAAUAAAUAAGAAUAAAUAAGAAUUUAUCAUAAAAAAGACUACUUUCUUGCCUCCCAACGAACAGACUCAAAAUAUGACCGUCUCUUUUCAGAUGAGGUUUUUCUGAUGUCCAAAACCAAACAGGUGAUGUAGUAGUUGCCUCCCUCAAUUAUAUUCUGCCUUCUUUUUUUAGGAGUGGGGGCUAUUUAGACUAUUGCUAUUACUGACUGAAUAGAGAUUCAGUGCUCCCGUGGGGUUCAGGGUGGCAUGAUGUUAUGCGAAGAUUUGGCACAAAAUGAAAAACAAUUGCAAUAAAUUGACACAUCUUCCAGCGGAGUUCACAGACUGGCCUCCAAAAUAAGCUGCAAGCCUCGCUGAUGUGCAAAUUCUGCCACUGAGAUUGACCUAGUGAUGGUUUGGCUUUUUUUCUUGUAGAUUUGUGACAGUCACGAUAGCAAUGGUUGUUUUGACUGGUGCACCAUCAGUCUGUCAAAGAUGGAAGAUCUUCAGAUUCACAUUAGUUAGGCAGAAAGUAAUUCCAAAAUGUUCACUUUUUCUAGAAAAUUCAAAUACAUACUUAGGGUAUUUUUUGGCCCAACUGAGGCUUCAUUGAAAACUUUAAACCCAAAGUAGACUUUACAAACCAUGACCUUCUUUUGGUAUUACAAGUAACAGAGCACGCAAAAGUCCAAAGGUACACCUUUCGAUGAGUGCACAAUAAAAAAAUAUCGUAGCACAUCUCAUCAUUAGCAAUUGAAAAGAAAACUGUGUGAUGCAACAUCAAAUUUCUCUUGAUUUCAACCGUUCAGUCAGUAACUUCACUUCUGAGCCGGAUGUUUCUCUCUGGAGUUCUGCGCGUCUCCGCGUAUGCUGAUUGUAAUUAAAAAUGUGCAGUGUGAAAAGCCCUAAUCAUGUUUUAGAAAGUAUUGUCCUUUUUCAAGAAUCUCAUCACUGCAAUAUUGAGAGUUCGGUGGCAGAUGAAUUCCUGCUAUAAUCACUUUUUCCGUAUGUAUUAGAUCUACAGAUUAGAUGUCAAUAGUAUCAUUUCAUUUUUGGAAGAUCAUGAUGUAUGUUUGCACUCUAAAAGAAUAAAUCUCUAUAAUAAACACCAACACGUUUCUACCAACUUUCAGAUCGAGCAUAAAUCUCAAUAAAGCUCAGUUUUCCUUUGAUAUCACCA